CUCACGUUAAUUAAAAUGCAAAGUAAAGCCUAUUUAAUAGAAAUAUUAUUUGUUACAACAUUACGCCCCCCCUCCUCCCCACGCACGGUGCGCCCCCUCCCUUCCCGUAUCAUGACUCUUUUUGGACGUCACCACAUCAAAAAAUCAACACAAGAUGUCAAAACGGCCAAAACUGUCAGGUGCCCAGGGAAGAAAAAAGAGAAAAGAAGAGGAGAAACGAGAAAAGACAGAGGUAGCAGGUAUCUUGCCCAUCACUUGGAGCCCACACAAGUUUGCUGAGCGUCUUGAGGACAGCAGAGGAGGACAAGCAAAAAUGAAGGUGGAGAUGUGGAAGGUGCACGCCACGCUACAGUCGGCGCUGGAUGGCAACGUGGCGAUUUCGACACCUCCAAAUGUGGACAUUCAGCAAGUGUUCGACAACUUACCUCCACACCAGCGAGAACUAAUGGAGAAGUACUACUUCGAAAAGGAAAGGGCCAGACUCCUCGCCCAUCAAGAUGCCACAAAGGCCCAUCAAGAUGCCGCAAAGGCCCAUCAAGAUGCCGCAAAGGCCCAUCAAGAUGCCGCAAAGGCGCAAGACGACCUUGUCCAGAACAAAUUGAAGUCCCUGGACACAAUCGCAGCCCUUCAACUUGAGGUCAGAGAUCUCAAGAGAAAAGAUAUCGAGCUGAGCCGCAAUGAAGCCAUCGCAGCGCUGUUGGAGGAAGGGGAGAGUUUGGAAGAGUUGAUGAAACUAAGUCCGGAAGAGUUGCUGCUGCGUUGGGCCAAUUUCCACCUGAAGAAAGUUGGCAUCACCCUGACAAACUUUUCGGGGGAUAUUAAGGACUCCAAGGCGUAUUUCCACCUGCUGGAGCAGAUUGCACCAGACGGCAGCAAUGAGGACGUUCCGAGAAUUGAUAUUGACAUGGCUGGACUUUAUGAGAAAGAUCUUGCAAAAAGAGCAGAGUGCAUGCUGGAACAAGCUGACUCCCUUGGCUGUCGACAGUUUGUGACGGCGACCGAUGUGGUGUCUGGAAAUGCAAAGCUCAACAUGGCCUUCGUGGCCACGCUUUUCAACACGACCUUGUCCAGAACAAAUUGAAGUCCCUGGACACAAUCGCAGCCCUUCAACUUGAGAACAGAGCUCUCAAGAGAAGAGCCGCCUGUGAGGAUGAUCAGGACGAUGGUGGUGAAGGAAUCAGAGAGGAUCCCGGUGAUGAGGCACCGGCGGCCAGAAGGGCCAAAG